UACGUCUCUCUCGUCUACUACCCAGUCCACAACAGUACCAGCGCCCGAGUGUGUCACUCCUGCCUCACGCCCUCUAUCUUCCUCAUCAUGCCCCCUCGUCUCACACCUUUCCCUGCCAGCUGUGGAGCGUCCUGUGAUCGUGAUGUGUGGCUAUCGCGUGGUGGAUACCACAUGGUUGACAUGUGUAGUCAGUGCUUGGUGGUCGUUGUCGUUCAGAUCGUCACACCACACAUGGCAACUACAUGGCAUCAUCCCCACGAUAACCAGGCAUUCCAAUCAUAGGAAACUCCACAGUUCAUUGCAGCAUCGCGGUACUGAUCAGUACCUAUGUCAGUACUGCCUACAUUGCAUCGUCACAUACACAGCAAUGUCUGGGAUCCUUUUCCUCUAACUCUUAAGUCUCAUUAUAUUCUCACCCCAUCAUA